AGAGAGAGAGAAGCAGUUGGUGAAGCUCUACUUAUUUACAGAGAUCGAAGAUGAUGAUAACGGCGAGGCCAAGUUUUAUGAAAACCAUGUGUUUAGCUUCAGGUUUCAGGAGCUUCCACUUUCCAAUGCUAUUGGAUUUGGGAAUCGGUAACUUUCAUUCUGCAAGCCUAUUAUUUACUUACUCUUUCCAUUCUUCUCCUAGAUCAACUUCCACUCACACACAAAGAUGCAAGCUUGAUAUCUAAAUUCAAUUCUGCUUCUUUUAUGGACGUUGAUGAUGUCCUAACUUCCUUUAAUCACAUCAUUCUUAUGCAUCCUCUGCCUUCUAUUGUUCAUUUUUCUCGAUUUUUAUCUGCUAUUGUCAGAAUGAAACAAUACUACACUGUUCUUUCCUUGUCCAGAACAAUUGAGUCCCUAGGAAUCUCACACAAUGUUCAUUCUCUUAAUAUCUUGAUUAACUGCUUCUGCCGCUUGCACCUUGUGGAUUUUGGCUUCUCAAUUUUUGGGAAAAUCCUCAAAAUUGGAAUGGACCCCGACAUUGUGACAUUUAACACCUUAAUUAACGGCCUCUGUAUAGAGGGUAAAAUCAAUGGAGCAGUAGACUUUUUCAAUGACAUGGUUGCAAGAGGUUGUCAACCUAAUGUUUGUACUUACACCGUGAUAGUAAGUGGUCUUUGUAAAUUUGGAAAAACAAACGUGGCUAUUUGGUUGCUAAAAGAAAUGAUUGAGAGAGGAGCCAGAUGUUGUAACUUACACUGCAAUCAUCGAUGCCCUUUGCAAGGAUAAGCUACUUGCUGAGGCAGUAAACCUCCUAUCUCAAAUGAGGGAUAAAGGCAUUUCACCUAAUAUUAUAACCUACAACUUCAUAAUUCAUGGUCUUUGCAAUUUAGGAAAGUGGAAACAAGCUUCAGCCUUUUUGAAGGAAAUGGUGGGGCAUAACAUAUCUCCAGACAUUUUCUCCUUCAGUAUAUUGAUUGACUCUCUUUGUAAGGAGAGACUGGUUUCAAAUGCUCAAAGCAUAAUCAAGAUAAUGAUUCAAGCAGGUGUGGAGCCUGAUGCUGUCAGUUACAAUUCACUGAUGGACGGAUAUUGUCUGCCUAGCCAGUUGGAUGAAGCUAUACAAAUUUUUGAUUUGAUGGUACACAAUGGAAUAGUUGAUGCUUUUAGCUACAACAUCUUGAUUAAUGGAUGCUGCAAGAGCAAAAGGAUAGAUGAAGCAACACAACUUUUUGAUGAAAUGCCUCAAAAAGGUUUUCUUCCUAACACUAUUACUUAUACUACUCUUAUACAAGGCUUGUGGAACGCAGGGAAGCCCGGGAUUGCACACGUUCUUUUCAAGAACAUGUUUUCUCAUGGUAAUCAGCCAGAUAUUAUAACUUUCUCAACUUUUCUUGAUGGCUUGUGCAAACAGGGGAAUAGUGGUGAGGAACUCAUGCUAUUUAAAGCGAUGGAACAAAGUCUGUUGAAGCUUGGUCAUAUGUGCUAUAACAUUUUGAUAAAUGGUUUGUGCAGAGCUGGGAAGCUUAAGGAUGCCAAGGAAUUUUUUUCUAGGCUUUUUGAAAAAGGCUUGCAGCCUGAUGUUUAUACAUAUGGUACAAUAAUUAAAGGACUUUGCAAAGAGGGAUUGCUAGAUGAAGCAUACAAGGUGUUUAGAGGGAUGGAAGAUGGUGGAUGUUCACCAAAUGGUUGCUGUUAUAAUGUGAUUAUUCAAGGGUUUCUCAGGCAUGGAGAUGUACCAAAAGCAUCACAACUUAUUGAAGAAAUGGUUGGCAAGGUAUUUUCUGCAGAUGCCACGACCACUAAAUUGGUAAUACGUUUAUCCUGCAAUGGUGAUCCCAUUUUGAGAAAACUAUGAAAUCAAUCUAAAGGUUUUAAAGGUGUAAAUGUGAAGUGAGAUGUUAUCAAUCAAUGCCUGAUCAACUGAUGCAGGAAGUCUUUGUAAUGCUGUAUGCUAUAGGUACUUGAUUCUAUUUCAAUAUGUGUACUAUUACAAUUUUGUCUAGUUAGUUGCGUUUGCUUUUUCAAAUGAAACUGUUUAUUAGUAGUAAUAUCAUUAUCAUUUUAAUAGGCUGUAUAUGCUCAUUAACAUCAAUGAAUUUGUUCUAUUGAUACAUUGUUCUGAAAAAGCAAGGUAAAGCCAAUUUCCUAUGUACAGUGAGUAUAGUGAAGAUGGUUGUAUUUGGCAUAGGAAAAUGGACAAAACAACUAUUGGGUAAGCAUAUGAACGACUUAAGAUUUCUUACGGUGCCUCUUUUGAUGUCUAUCCUUUCUCUACGAAGAAUGCAACUCCUAAUACAUUAUGUGCUAUUUCGGUUGUCAAUGCAUUUUGUAAAUUGUUUCAAUUUUGGAGAAUCAUUUCUCAAUGUACUAUGAUGACAUUAAAUUUCAAACUUUUGUUAACUUCCUAAAUGCAAAAUACUCGCAAACUCACUAGAUAUGUCCUUUUAUAUGUGGGAAUUGUAAUAGUAUUUGGAAUCUCCUAGCAAUAAGUGUGUCAUUCUCUGUGAAUUUACAUAUUUAUCACCCUUCUUCUGUAAAGGAAAUCAGUGUAUGUGGUUGUUUUUAACUUGCAAGCAUCAUGUGAUUGUGAUUCCAUAAGCACAAUUCAUGACGUGCCUAUUCCCUAAUUUGCUCCUUACGCAUUAUUCUUGACUUGGUAUUGCAACUGCAAAAUAUAGCAAGUAGUUUGGCAAGAAGAAAAAGAAAUGGAUAACUAAAAACAUUAAUAGAAUAUUAUGUGUGCGUUGUUAAAUUCAAUGGAAGGGGGAAAAGGAGAGUUUUGCUUACUAUUUCAUGAAAGUGAACCUUCCAGAACUGUCUGAAUGGAUUAUGCAUGAACCAGGGUAGUAGAUAUUUCUAUUACAAGUGUUAGUGAUAUAUAUCCAACAGGUCAGUAAUGAUAUGUUUAUGAAAUUAUAGUUGGAUUUGAUGAAGGUCAUCGAGGUGAUGAGGAGAUGGUUUCCCAUUUUAACUUGGUCUGGUCUAACAUUGACUACCUAAUGCAACAGCUAUGUGCUUUUGUUUGGGACUGCUAGUCUUAUCAUUUUUAAUGGUUUUACCUGCACAUUAAUGGAGGUCUCUGAUAAGUGCAGAGAUGAAAAUAGAGGGAGAAACUCAAAGAAAGAUGGCCAAGGGUUUGAGAAGGAAAAUCAGUUGCAGCAAUUCUUGGUUCACAGCUAAGCAGAGAGGGAGAUUCUGUUGUGAAUGGAGCUUGCACGUGGGCAGAAGCUGAGAAGGCAGAUGGCUGGUGAAUUCUGGUACUGGAGAGCAGCAGCAGCAAUAGGGCCUAGACCGGACUUGGACCAGAUCUGCUACAGUGUGGGUUGUCACCUCAUCAGUCAUUUUGGUAGAGCUCAUGUACAUAUUAGAUUUUGCAUUUUGGUAUUGUAUGUAAUUAAAUAGAUGUAAAGGAUAUGAAUUGUAAAUAUUAUACUUGACUUUAUAUGAAUGAAAC